UCUUCUUCUCUUAUUCAAGUUCGUAAGUGAUUGGGCUUGGAUAAGGGUGGCUCAAGAGAUUUGGUAGUUGGGCAAUACCUUGGAGUGUGGAGUGGUGAAGAAGAAGAAGAGGAUGUAAGGUUUGGGUAGCAGACUCUCCAAUGGUGGAUUUUAUUAGUGAGGUCAAGGGUCACAGAUUCUCCUCCUCCUCUUUUUCUUCCUUGUCUUCUUCUUCUUCUUCUUCCUCCUCCUCCUCUUCUUCUUCUUCUUCUAUUAUUUGGGAUUUAGGUUUUGGGUUUUGGGUCUUGAUCUUCCAACAACCAAGAUCUAGGUUCUCAAAAAUUUAUUAGGUUUUGGGUUCUAGGUUCUCAAAAAUUACCAUUCUUCUCCAAAAUAAUGAAAUUUAGUAAGUAUAUUAUCUAAUUUUUACAAAUUAAUUUAGAAACUAUUUUCAAGUUUCAAUUUUUAUUUCAUCUAGGUUUUGUCACAAAUUCAGAGUUUUCAAUGUUACAAAUUCAGAGUCUUCAAUGUCACAAAGGUUUGUCAAUGAUCUAUCUCAUGAAAAACCCAUUGAUUUGUGAACUUCUUAAGUUGAUCUUCUCCAGCAAUCGGGUUCACCUCCCCUAUACUUGGCCAAUGAGACUAAGAUUUGCUUUGGGUUGAUCGAUAUCCAAAUUUGGGAUGAUAUCUAGAUUUAGGUUUAUAUCCAAAUUUGGGUUUGUUCUUUGUACUCAAAUUUCCUUAAAAAAAAUGAUGUUUCUUAGUGAAAUAUAUUGAGUUUAUUAUA